AUGGCGAACUCUAAAUUCGAGUAUGUCAAGAGCUUUGAGCAACCUGACACCUUGUUGCCGAACACAUGGAUUGUAGUCCGCAUAGAUGGUAGGGGCUUCACAAAACUUUGCGCCAAAUACGCCUUCGAAAAGCCGAAUGAUAAGAGGGCACUCGACCUCAUGAACGCUGCUGCACGAGUGGUGGUGACUGAACUACCGGAUAUCACCAUAGCGUAUGGCGUGAGCGACGAGUACAGCUUCGUAUUCCACAAGUCUUGUACGCUUUUCGAAAGAAGGGCGAGCAAAAUCGUCAGCACUGUAGUUUCAACAUUCACAGCUAACUACAUCUACCUAUGGUCACAAUACUUCCCCGAUACCCCGCUCUCGCCGCCUCUUCCGAGUUUUGACGGCAGGGCAGUGUGUUAUCCCACUGUCGCAAACCUGAGAGAUUAUAUGAGCUGGCGGCAGGUUGACUGCCACAUCAACAAUCUUUACAACACUACAUUUUGGGCUCUGAUCCAACUAGGAGGCAUGGACAACAGGGCGGCAGAGCAGCUCCUUGCUGGCACUGUCUCCGGCGACAAGAACGAGAUUCUGUUCUCAAAAUUCAAGAUCAACUACAACAAUGAGCCUGAGAUCAACAAAAAGGGUAGCGUAGUCUUCCGAGACGUAAUGUUCCCUUAA